AUGGCUGGAAGAAACAAUCACGCAAUUGCUAAUGCAUUGGAAGCAAUGGCUCAGGUGUUGCAGGGGGAAGCCAAAGACUGGUGUAAUAAUGCAUGUGGGAGACUCGAAGCUGUAGGUACUGAUAUUACUUGGGUUAUGUUCAGAGCGUAUUUUCUAGAUAAUUACUUUCUUGAGGAUGUGUGCAGUAAGAAGAAGAUCGAGUUCCUUGAGCUGAAACAAGGAAAUUUGACAGUUGCAAAGUAUGCUGCUAAGUUUGAAGAAAUAGUGAAGUUUUACCCACAUUGUAAUAGCGAGGCUGCUGAUGGGUCAAAGCGUAUCAAGUUCGGGAGCGCCUUUAGACCCGAGAUUAAGCAAGGUAUUGGUUAUCAGGAGAUUAUCCGGUUUCCUAUGAUGGUAAAUAAAUGCAGACUAUAUGAUGAGGAUAGUAGAGCCCGAUUUGCUCAUUAUCAGAGUUUUAGUGGGAAGAAAGGGAAGGAUCAGAGUCGUGGAAAACUGUAUAGUGCUCUAGCUGACAAAGGGAAACAAAAGGUUGAUCAGAAAGCUACUGGUGGGAAAGAGCGAAGUGGGGGAGGGACUCAUACUUCUGUGAGAUGUUUCAAAUGUCGUGAGUUUAGACGUCAUGUUCCGGAAUGUAAAAGCACAACUAUGAAUUGGUUCAAGUGUUGGAAGCUAGGUCAUCGAGUUAUUGAUUGUAGGAGUAAUAAUCUGACUUGCUUUAAUUAUGGAGAGCAAAGUCAUAUUAGUUCUCAGUGUAAGAAACCUAAGAAUGCUUACGAUGACUUCUCGAUAAGUGUACUCAUAAUAUCGAAGAAAUAA